CAAGGAACUUACUGUUGUCUUCAACUGAACACCAGUAAUUCAUUCCCACUUACUGACACCAUGUGUUACUAUGGCGGAUACUAUGGAGGCCUGGGCUAUGGUUAUGGUGGCCUAGGCUAUGGUUACGGCUGUGGCUAUGGCUGUGGCUAUGGUGGCUAUGGUAACUACAGUGGCUAUGGUGGUUAUGGUUGCUGCCGCCCACUCUGCUGUAGGAGAUACUGGUCUUAUGGCUUCUAUUGAUAAUUUUCUACAGCUGUCCAGCCUAUUGGCUGUAAUCUGCAGUCUUACUGGAAGUUUCUACAAGUUUCCUCACAUCAGAAAUUCCUAACUUCAAAUUUCCCAUUAUACUAAGCUGUCUGAGUAAAACCAAAUUAAAUACAAUACUCUUGUAUUACUUCUCACCCUCAGUUGGACUAGAUGACAGCUUGUAGAGUUCUUCAUUGUCUACAAAACACCUCAUAAAAUGUGAGCCAGUUGGACUCUCAACUUGUGUGUAAAAAUACAUGCUUUUCAAUAAACUAUU